AUGGGCGACUCGUCGCAUAAGUCGUCCAGAUCCACCGCGCCACCAAACCCGCCAAGCUCGCCGUCGCCGGCGGUGGCCGUUAGGUCUGUGGUCGACUCGCUGAAACUGAAAAUGCUCGUGCUCUUGGACGACUCUGCAAAACUCAGCACAGACGUGGACGUGUACCGGUUUGUUUUUUCAGCAGUUUUGUCCUUGAAGUUGACCAAAAUCUCGUGGAACUGGUCAACGUUGAUACGCGGCAACGGACUGUCAUCCACAAAGAACGUCUCGACGGGACUUUUGGCCAACACCGAGUUCCCGCACCCAAAGUCCUCGGCAGGCCCGUCCAGGUGCAGCUUGUCGAUUUGGCUGCUGUCAAGCACGGAGCUGCCUCCAAAAUUCAGACUGUUGAUGUUGCUGGUGAGCUGGUUGGCUCCAGCAGACAGUGCGCCGGGCUCUGAUCCAAAGUCUGUGGUGGAAAGCUUGAACAGUUUGGGUUUUGGUGGCGGGGGCGCCUGUGGGGGUUGGAUAAGCGAGUUGUUGAUGAUGGACUGUGUUUCGGGCGACACCUGCGUGGGUGGGGGGAUUUGGAGCGGUGCAGAGGUGUCCAGAAGGGACCUGGAUCUGUUGUGGAGCGAUGAAGACUGGGACGAGGCCAGCAAGGAAGAGGACGAGUUGGAUCUGUGA